AUGUCGUCCCCUCCGCCUGGAUUCUCGACUGGUGCCAAUUCUCCGCAGUUCUCUUCAGACCCAUCCACGCCAGCCACAGAGCCUGAUGAUCCACUUGACGUUGACGCCGACGAGUAUGUUCUGGUCACAGGUGGCCUGGGCUUUAUCGGUAGUCAUACAUCUCUAGAGCUUCUCAAAGCAGGCUACAACAUCAUUAUCGUGGACAAUCUAAGCAACAGCUACAGAGAUGUCUUUGCGCGCAUCAUUGCAGCCGCAAAGCUGCACUACGAGCCACUUGGCCGUCCAAUUCCCAAGGCAAAGCUCUGCUGCGCAGAUUACCAGGACAUGUCGGCAAUGGGCGUUCUGCUCGGCACACACUUGACUCGGACUCCCGGCAGCACAUCAACCCGAUCAAAGAUAACAGGCGUAAUUCAUUUCGCAGCCUACAAGGCCGUCGCAGACAGCAUCAAACACCCACUGAAAUACUACCAGAACAAUGUUCGUGGCCUUAUCGAUCUUCUAAGUCUGCUAGAUGACCACGGAAUCAAGUCUUUUAUUUUCUCCUCGUCGGCAGCAGUCUACGGAACCUUAGCAGACGGGACCCCACGACUACGAGAAGAAAAUUGCGUUCAUGAGCGCAUAUCCUACUCCACUGAAAAUGGCUCCGAUGUAUCAGUUGAGCCAGGCUGCACGGGUAUCACAAACCCUUACGGCCGAAGCAAAUGGUUCGGAGAAGCAAUUCUCUCCGACGUGUGCACAUCCGAUCCAUCCUGGACUGUGCUUUGUCUCCGGUACUUCAACCCAAUCGGUUGCGAUGCUUCCGGACUGCUAGGCGAAGACCCUCGGGAUUGCGCUUCGAACCUGUUCCCAGCCGCCGUGCGCGCGUUAACAGGCCAGAGUCCUGAAUUGUGUAUCUACGGUACGGAUUGGGAUACACGGGAUGGAAGUGCCGUGCGCGAUUUUAUACAUAUUACCGAUCUGGCGCGGGGACAUGUAGCGACGUUAUCUGCUGCGCAGGAGGGAAGGAUUUCCGGGUCUUUCCGGACUUUCAACCUUGGUACGGGCACGGGGCACUCGGUACUGGAGGUUAUCGAGGCAUUGGAGUCUGUUAGUCAAUUGGAGAUACCGGUGAGGAUAGUUGGAAGAAGACCCGGCGAUGUUGGGUCUUGCGUAGCUACGCCUGACCGGGCGGAGCGGGAGCUUGGGUGGAGGACAGAGAAGUCAUUGCAGGAUGCUUGUGAGGAUCUGUGGAAUUAUCUUAGAAUAGACGCUGAUAAGAAUCAGCAGGAGUUAAUUGUUCGCUAG